AUGGCUUCCUCGUCGCACGAUAAAGUGCACCAAGAACAUGCCGAGCAAUCCACCCUCACCAGCAACACCAACGCCAACAACUACAAUGGCUCAUCUGCCACCGACGAAAUCGCCAUGGCCGACCUGCCCGCCGCCAUCGUCGAAAAAGGUCCCCAACUGGUCGACACCAAAGUGCCCUUCCUGACCUGGCGCUCCGUCGUUAUGGGCCUGUUCGUGUCCAUGGGCGGAUUCAUCUUUGGUUACGAUACCGGUCAGAUUUCCGGAUUCUUGCAGAUGGAGGACUUUCUGUACUCGUUCGGAACGUGGAAUGGCUCGAAAUAUGAGUUCACUAAUGUGCGGAGCGGGUUGAUUACUGGAUUGUUGUCAAUUGGAACUUUGAUCGGUGCCCUCGUUGGCGCCCCCAUCGCAGACCGCAUCGGCCGCAAAUGGUCCAUUUCCUGGUGGUGCAUCAUCCUCUGCGUCGGCCUCACCGUGCAAAUCUCCUCUCCACACGGAAAAUGGUACCAAGUCGCCGUUGGCCGAUUGAUUGCCGGUCUCGGUGUCGGCGCCUUGUCGCUGAUUGUGCCCAUGUAUCAGGGCGAAAGCGGUCCGCGACAUAUCCGUGGUGCAUUGAUCAGUCUGUAUCAACUGUUUAUUACCCUGGGCAUCUUCGUCGCGUAUUGCAUUGACUUUGGCACCGAGGCCAUGACCAACUCGGCCUCAUGGCGCAUCCCGAUGGGAAUCACGUAUCUCUGGGCGAUCAUCCUGGGUGUUGGAAUCAUCUUCUUCCCCGAAUCGCCUCGCUACGACUACCGACACGGAAAAGUCGACCGCGCAGUUGCCAACCUAGCCAAGAUCUACGGUAUUCCUCAAAACCACCGCGCUCUAGCCCAUGAAUUCGAAGAAAUCAGAGAAAAAUACGAAGAAGAGAAAUCGCACGGCAACAUCACAUGGUGGAUGAUGCUUAGCGCGCCACGCAUGAAGUACCGUAUCAUGAUCGGUAUGUUGUUGCAAGCUCUCCAGCAACUCACCGGCGCAAACUACUUUUUCUACUACGGCACCACUAUCUUCCAAGGUGCCGGUAUCUCGAACUCGUACGUCACGCAAAUGAUCCUCGGCGGCGUUAAUUUCGGAACCACGUUUUUGGGAUUGUAUAACAUCCAGCAUUUCGGUCGCCGCAAGUCCUUGAUCGGAGGCGCCAUAUGGAUGUUUGUAUGUUUCAUGAUUUUUGCGUCUAUCGGCCACUUCUCCCUCGAUAGAGAGACUCCCGCCAAUACUCCCGGUGCCGGUAAAGCCAUGGUGUGCUUCGCCUGCUUCUUUAUUCUGGGCUAUGCAUCAACCUGGGCGCCCAUGGUCUGGGCUAUCUGCGCUGAACUGUACCCCUCCGAAUUCCGCGCUCGCGCCAUGUCCCUCUCGACCGCCUCAAACUGGCUUUGGAAUUUCCUGCUUGCAUUUUUCACACCUUUUAUCACGAGUGCCAUCGAUUUCAGAUUUGGGUACGUCUUUGCUGGAUGCAUGUUUGCAGCUGCCUUUGUGGUGUACUUUGGAGUCAUCGAGGGUAAGGAUCGCACCUUGGAGGAGAUUGAUACCAUGUACGUGCGCAAGGUGAAGCCAUGGGAGAGCUCGAAGUAUGUUUUCCCGGAGAAUGAGUUUGAACCUACCAGCGGUAGGACGAAUGGAAAUGGGAAGGAGGAGCCGACACAGGAGCAUAUCAAUUAG